CAUAAAUUAAAUAAAAAACCCUCCUUUUUAUUCUGUUUUCUUCCCCCUCCCCUCUCUCUCUCUAAUCUGUCUCAUUCUCUUUCUUAACCCCCCGCUCCAACGAGUGUAUAUCUGUUUCUGUGUGCUCUUCUUUUACUCAGUUGUUGUGGAGCGAGAGAGAGAUAAAUAAAACCAAAAAACCAAGACGAAGAAGCCGAAGCUGUAGAGGAAUUUCAUCAAUUCCAUAGAGACACUCCUGGAAGAACGAUUAUUAGUCUUUACCUAUGUUGUGGUUCAAUUGAGGUGGUGGGUUUUUUUUCUUUGAGGAAUAAAACCACAAUGGCUCAUCAAAAACUUCAGCUUCAACAGCAGCUAAAGGAGCUUGGAUCCAAACUCCAUAACCCUCCUUCCACCAAAGACUCCCUCAUUAAGCUCUUCAAGCAAGGUGCAACAGUUCUUGCUGAGCUGGAGCAAUCACCCCAAAGUCCAUCCUAGAGUCUCUGCAGCCUUUCCUGAAUGGAAUUGUAAAGCCUGAAUUCCUGAAGCAUCAAGAUAGGGAAGUUAAGCUUCUCGUUGCCACAUGCAUAUGUGAGAUCACUCGUAUUACUGCUCCUGAGGCUCCUUACACUGAUGAUAUUCUAAAGGAUAUUUUCCAUUUGAUUGUGAGCACCUUCAGUGGAUUGAGUGAUACAAGUGGGCCUUCUUUUGCGAGAAGAGUUGUAAUUUUGGAAACUUUGGCAAGAUAUAGGUCAUGCGUUGUGAUGCUAGAUCUCGAAUGUGAUGAUCUUAUUGAAGAAAUGUUUAGCACUUUUUUCUCUGUUGCCAGGGAUGAUCAUCCUGAAAGUGUCAUAACAUCAAUGCAGACGAUUAUGUCUGUUCUCAUAGAAGAGAGUGAGGACGUUCCGGAGGAUCUUUUACUCAACUUGUUAUCUCAUUUAGGUCGCAAUAAAAAGGAUGUUACGGCCGCUGCUAGGAGGCUUGCAAUGAAGGUGGUAGAGCAAUGUGCUGGAAAACUGGAAUCCAGCAUAAAGCAAUUCCUGAUAGCAUCAAUGUCGGGGGACAGCAGAUCUUCGAAGUAUGAAAUUGACUAUUAUGAAGUGAUCUAUGACAUUUAUCUGUGUGCCCCUCAAGUCUUAUCGGGGGUUGUUCCAUACUUGACAGGAGAGCUGCUGACUGAUCAGUUGGACACACGUUUGAAAGCCGUGAAAUUAGUGGGGGAUCUUUUUGCUUUGGAGGGAUCUAGUAUUCCUGAAAUAUUUCAACCAAUUCUUCUCGAGUUUUUGAAGAGACUUACUGAUAGAGUAGUUGAGGUUCGAAUGUCUGUUCUCGAUCAUAUCAAAACUUGCCUAUUUUCUAAUCCUUCUAGGCCCGAGGCUCCUCAAAUCAUUGCUGCCCUCUGUGACCGACUGUUGGACUAUGAUGAGAAUGUACGGAAGCAAGUAGUUGGCGUGGUUUGUGAUGUAGCAUGUCGUGCCUUGACAUCCAUACCAGUUGAAACAGUAAAACUCGUAUCAGAACGGCUUCGAGACAAAUCUCUUCUUGUGAAGAAGUUUACCAUGGAACGACUUGCUGAAAUAUACAAGACUUAUUGCACGAACUGUGUUGAUGGAUCUAUUGGCAGUGAUGUGUAUGAUUGGAUUCCGGGCAAGUUGUUGAGGUGUUUUUAUGACAAAGACUUUAGAUCAGAUGUAGUUGAACCGAUUCUCUCUCUGUCCUUGUUCCCAAGUGAGUUCUUUGUCAAAGAUAAGGUUAAGAAUUGGGUAAGAUCUUUCGCAGCAUUUGACAAAGUGGAGGUUAAGGCCCUUGAGAAAAUACUGGAGCAAAAGCAAAGAUUACAGCAGGAAAUGCAGCGAUACCUUUCUUUGAGGCAGAUGCAUCAGGAUGGCGAUCCCAGUGAGAUCCAGAAGAAGAUUACAUUUGCCUUUCGUGUGAUGUCUCGCUAUUUUUCUGAUCCUGCAAAAGCAGAGGAAAAUUUUCAGAUUCUUGACCAAAUAAAAGAUGCCAACGUAUGGAAAAUUUUGAAAACCCUCCUCGAUCCAAAUACUAAUACUUCACAAGCUUUUAAUUCUCGGGACGAUCUGCUUCGCAUCUUGGGUGACAAGCACAGGCUUUUUGAGUUUCUGAGCAUACUUUCUUUGAAAUGCUCGAAUUUGCUUUUCGGCAAGGAGCAUAGCAAAGAAAUCCUUCACGAGGCCAGCACUCAGAAAUCUGCCGGAAAUGCGCAGCUGAUUGUAUCUUGCAUGAGUAUACUUGUGAUUCUUGCACGAUUCUUCCCUUUGCUUCUUGGUGGAAUCGAAGAAGAUUUAGUUCAUCUGCUUGAAGACGAUAAUGAAAUUAUAAAGGAAGGCGUGUUACACGUUCUAGCAAGGGCUGGAGCAGCCAUUCGAGAACAAUUGGGAGUUUCAUCAAGAUCACUGGACCUUAUUCUUGAGAGGAUAUGCAUAGAAGGAAGCCGAAGGCAGGCUAAGUAUGCUGUUCAUGCACUCGCAUCUAUAACAAAAGAUGACGGGCUCAUGUCUCUUUCUGUUCUAUACAAGAGGCUUGUGGAUAUGCUGCAGGAGAAGUCACAUCUGCCUGCUGUACUGCAGUCUUUAGGGUGUAUAGCACAAACAGCUAUGCCGGUUUUUGAAACAAGAGAAACUGAGAUUGAAGAGUUCAUAAAGAAAAACCUAUUAGAGUGCAGCUGUGUAUGCCCAUUUAGAACUACCUUGGUGUUUUGCAAUAAGCUAUUCUUUUCAUUUUCACUUUCUGAAACAUUGUUUAUUUCCCAGGCAUCGGAAGAUGGAGCCAAAGAUUUUUGGGACGAUAGGAGUGAGCUCUGUUCUCUCAAGAUUUUUGGUCUUAAAACGCUGGUGAAGAGUUUUUUGCCGGUCAAGGAUUCUAACCUUCGGUUGGGAAUUGAUGACCUGAUAGGAGUCCUUAAAAACAUUCUCUGUUAUGGUGAAAUAUCAAGGGAAAUCAAGUCAAGUUUGGUCGAUAAGGCUCACUUGAGGCUUGCUGCAGCGAAAGCCAUUCUUCGCCUGUCAAAAAUCUGGGAUGAUAAGAUUCCGGUCGAUGUGUUUUAUCUAACCCUCAGAGUUUCAGAGGAGAGUAUUCCUGAAGUGAGGAGACUCUUUCUCGGUAAAUGUCACCAGUACAUAAAAGACCGUAUCCUGGAUCCUAAAUAUGCUUGUGCAUUCUUACUUGACAAUGGAUCCCAGCAACAUCUUAGCGAGGAGGAAAAGCAUAAUCUAGUUGACAUUAUCCAGAUGUGCCAGCAAGGGAAGGCGCGGCAGUAUGCAGCAGCAAGUGAUGUAAAAGCGCCUCCAAACUAUCCGGAAUACGUCGUCACCUAUCUUGUUCAUGCCUUGGCCCAUGAUUUAUCUUUCCCUGAUCCAGAUGAAUGCACGGAUGCUAAAGCUUAUGAACUGAUUUACAGGCAAUUGUACUCUUUCCUUUCAAUGCUCGUGCAAGUAGAUGGAGAUGGCAAUUCUGGCAAGUCUGACGCUGUAAUAAGCAAGGACAAGGAAAGCAUUUCUGCUUUAGUUUCCAUAUUCGAAAGUAUUAAGCGUUCGGAAGACAACGUAGAUGCUACGAAAUCCAAGAAUUUGUAUGCCGUCUGUGAUCUUGGCUUGCUAAUCAUGAAACGGUUGGCAGCAACACUAGACAGUUUUCCGGAAUUCAGCGUCUCCGUGCCAUUGCCCACGACUUUGUACAAAUCGCUUGAGGCAAAAGAAGGCGAGGGCAAUGACAAACAGGUUGGUGAAUCACUGACUUGGUUGGAUGAUGAGGGUGCUUUGGCUUACUUUGCGUCCAUCAAGUUGGAAGCUAAUAAAACUGUUGUUUCAGAAGUUGUUGACGAUGAGAGCAUGAAGGAUAGUGAAACUGACGGCAGUGAGAUGCCUUUGGGGAAAAUAUUACAGCGGCUUCGGGCUAAAGGAGCCAAGGCAAGAAGAGAAAUCAAGAGUGAAUUGGCGAUGAAAUCUGGAGAGAAAACUGGAGAUGAUCUUGAUAUCUUGAAAAUGGUGAAGGAAAUAAACUCAAACACUUCAGGCAGUAGCCCUCGUAAGUUUGAUUCUAGCAAUGGGCAUGAUAAAAAGGAAACUAAAAUUGAUCGUAAGAAGCAGAGUCAGAAAAGGAAAGCGGGCUUUGAUGAAUCAACAGAUGUACCAAAACGUCGAAGAUCCUCAUCAGGUCUUGGUCAUAAGCCAUCUCAUCUUAAGAAAACUUCAAGAGUUGAGUCUAUGCAAGUAGAUGACGGGUUCAGCUCAGGUUCAGAAGGCCAUGUCUCCAAUGAACCAGCUGAGUUCGAGUUGGAAGGGUCCCUAGUUGAGAAGGGUUCAAGCUUUCCAUCAAAUCAUAAAGGGAAGCGUUCGUCUAGAGGCCAUGAUCAAAAGAAAUCUAAGAGAACCAUUGAAGCAAAUCAUGCACUUGAAAGUAGUAAUUCCGAUUCAGCUGCUGCCAAGAAGAAAAAGCGUCAGAGCAUCUCUGGCUUGGCAAAGUGUACUGCAAUGGAAAGCGAAACUCCAACAACUGAUUUGAUUGGUUGCAGAAUAAAGGUUUGGUGGCCAAUGGAUAAAGAAUUUUAUGAAGGUGUUGUCAAGUCAUUUGACACGGAGAAAAAGAAACAUGUGGUUUUGUAUGAUGAUGGAGAUGUUGAGGUUCUUCGGUUGGAGAAAGAACGUUGGGAGCUAGUCGGUGAAGAAGACCAGAAGACGCGAUCAAAACCAUCAAAGAGCAUGCGAUCCAAAGCAAUGUCAAAAUCUUUGGAGAAGAAGAAUAAGAAGUCGAUCGAUAUUUCAGAACAGAAGAAGGAAACAGUGGGAGAGAGGCUCCUGAAACUGAUGAACAGCAGUUCUCCGUCAUCUAAAACAAGGGGCAAACGCACCCCAAGGAAAAAUAUUAUAAAGCAUGAGAGAAAGGAUGAGUCAAAAGGUGGUGGAGAGGGCGUUUCUGAUGGUGGGGCUCUCAGUAAUAGGAAGAAUGACAGCCCGGUUUCUGAAGGGAGAGAUGCAGGAGAUGAUGCAGAGAAAACCUCAAGCGAUUCAGACAAGGCUGCCCAGAAAAAAUCACCAUCUUAUUCUAAAGGUAAAAAAUCGCUUAAGAAUAAUUCUCAAGAAAGCUCAGGGAACGAAAAUGGGGCAUCUAGAGAGGAGGUUUCUUCAUCGGACGACGAGGAAACUGAAACAAAUUUUACAAGGGAGGAGGAAUCAGGACAGGAGGUCAAUGAUGAUGAAAUGCGGAAGAAAUCAGAUUCUGAAGGUGACGGCGGGGAGGAUGCUCAUUCUAAAGGCCUGGCCGAUAUGGAAGUUUCUGACAAUGAACUCCUGGUAUUCUGCCUUUUUGCAUUUGUUGUCGACAUUGAUGUAUUGAAACAAAUGUGUCUGUGUGGUCACUCUUCUGAUAUGCCUAUAUUUCUCGUGCAGUCUGUGUGGAAGCGUCGAGUGGUAAAGUCCAGUGAAGGAAAGAAAAGGAAUUGAGGACCAAUGCAUCGCCUUCCUCCAUAUGAAUAG